UGUCAAAUAUUAAGAGGAAAGAAAAAAAGAUGCUGAGGAAAGAAUGCUCUGACUAUAUAGAAAUGAAAUUUCGAUCUGAUCAGUGAUCAACAAAAAUGGCAUGACGAAAAUUGUUUCUACUUCAAUUUUCAAGGGUUUCGUUCUCUCCGAUCUUCUGUAAUCUCUACCUACUUUUCUCUGCGUUUUCGCCAUGGCCGCUCCCUUUUUCUCAACGCCUUUCCAGCCUUACGUCUACCAGAGUCCACAAGAUGCUGUGAUACCUUUCCAAAUUUUAGGUGGUGAAGCUCAGGUGGUUCAGAUAAUGCUGAAGCCUGAAGAAAAGGUUGUUGCAAAGCCUGGUUCAAUGUGUUACAUGUCUGGAUCAAUUGAAAUGGAAAAUGUCUUACUCCCCGAAAAUGAAGUGGGCAUGUGGCAUUGGCUUUUUGGCAAGAGCGUCACUAGUGUAGUUUUCCGUAAUAAUGGUCAAAGUGAUGGUUUUGUUGGAAUUGCUGCUCCCUCUCUUGCCCGAAUUCUACCGAUUGAUUUGGCAGUAUUUGGUGGAGAGAUUUUGUGCCAGGCAGAUGUAUUUCUAUGCUCUGUCAAUGAUGUGAAAGUAAGCAAUACACUUGAUCAAAGAGCACGUAACAUUGCUAGUGCAGAGGUAUUUUUAAGACAAAAGAUAUCUGGUCAAGGGCUUGCGUUUAUACUUGCGGGUGGAUCUGUUGUACAGAAAAAUCUUGAGGUUGGUGAGGUACUUGCUGUUGACGUGUCUUGCAUUGUCGCCUUGAAUACUACGGUCAAUGUCCAAAUUAAAUACAAUGGUCCAAUGAGAAAAGCAAUGUUUGGGGGCGAAAAUCUAGUUACAGCUGUUCUAACGGGUCCUGGUAUUGUCUUCAUCCAGAGUUUGCCAUUCCACCGAUUUUCUCAACGCAUCGCCAGGGCAGUUACAUCCCCAAACAUGAGAGAAAAUCCAAAGUUUUUCGUUCAGAUAGCUAUUUUCUUUUUUCUGGCAUAUGUUGUGAUUGUAUCUUCGUUAAUUUUAACCGAUGUAUAAAUCUCAUUCACUUUUUGGUCACAUCAUCCUUUUAUUUUGUGUUGCUUGUUAAAACAUUGUAGUCCCAUUAAAUUUUAACAUAGUUAUAUAUAACAACAGAUACGAAGGUUUUAGUUCA